GUCAGCUAUGUCUCUGACGCACUUCUCAUGAGGAAUUCCGGAAGAAGCUUCGUGAGACCACUACUGAGACGCUUCCAAAAAAAGAAAAACCGUUGCAAAACAGAUUAUAGCAGCGAUUCCAUCUAAGAAUAUCCGAAGAAGGAAUUGUAUUCCGAAAUAUCAUCGGACUAUGAAUAACCAAAUUACAACAGAUCAUUAAAAUGGAAUGUCAAGUGGACAAAACUGAGCAUUUUCAACACCAUUUGCUUUUUGCAUUUAAUCAAGGUGUUGAGGUUGCCAAAGUUGCUCAUGAGAUUUGUGCUGUAUAUGAAGAAGGGGCAAUGCCUCAAAGUACUGACUGCUGUCGGUUUCCGUGCUUCAAAAAUGGGAAUUUUGACCUUAAGGAUGGAUCACACACUGGUCAACCAAUUGAGUCCGAAGAGAGACUGAAUCAACUUCUUCACGAAAAUCCAUGUCAAACGACCAGAGAAUUGGUGGAGCAGAUGGAUUGUGAUAAAAAAAACUGUGGUGAACCACCUUCACUCAAUGGGCAAGGUUUAGAAACUUGGCGCUUGGUGCCACACACUUUGAGCGUAAACAACAAAAAUCAACGCUCCACAAUUGCAGCCAGUUUGCUUGCUCAACAUCACUCAACACAUGGUCACAAACAGCAUUUUCUUUACCACAUUGUCACUGACAAUGUAAAAUGGUGCCUUUACGUCAAUAUGAAGCAGCGAAAAGAAUGGCUCAGCUCCAACAAACAAGCGACUUUGUGAACAAAACAAGACCUUCAUCCUUGAAAGACCAUGUUGUGUGUAUGGUGGGACUGGGAAGGCAUAAUUCAUUAUGAACUGCUUGAGCGCAACCAAACACUUGAUGUGGAGCUCAAUGAAGCAAUUCAGCAAAAAAGGCAAAACAGGUGAAAUGGCAUUCUUCUGCAACAUGACAAUGCCUAUUCUCACGUUGCCAAUAUGACCAAAGCUGCAAUUCAAGAACUUGAAUGGGAAGUGCUGCCUUGUCCUCCAUACUCUCCAGACUUGGCGCCAUUAGAUUUUCAUCUCUUUUGACUGCUUCAGAAUGCUUUGCAUGGUGUUCUGUUCAAUAAUGCCAUGGAAUUGCAGGCUUGAUUGGACAAAUUCUUUGAGUCAAGACAGAGAUUUCCAUUGCUGAGGCAUCAAAAAACGUACUGAACGAUGGGAGGAAGUCGUAAACAACAACGGAGAGUAUAUUAUUGAUUAAUUUGUUGUAGUUUUUUGUGUUUAAAAUAAGUUUGAAAAAAUAAACGAGAUGUCGGAAAUAUCUAGAAUAUGUGUGUGGUGUGUUCUAUUUAAAAUGAAUUUACUAAAAAAAACAACAAAAAUACUGUAAUAGAAUGCAGUCAUUAAUGAAGACAUAAAAUUAAU